AUGCCGCCAAAAGGUCAUGCUCGCAAGGCAUCCAGUGCAAAGGAUGCACCUGCUUCAAUCAAAGCCGCCAAACAUGCAGCUAUGCCACCCCCUCCUGUACCCCCACCACCUCUCGCGAUUCUAGAGGCUGAGAUGAAUGCGCUUUCAUCGUGUCUGCGGAAUGCUACGGUGAAGACUGGCCAAAUCUAUGGCUUCUAUGCCGAUGUCAAGAGACUUGGCGUACAUAAGUACGCACCAUACCCACCCAGCUCUCUUACCUCGGGUCUUGGCCGUGAGAUUGAGAAGUAUGAUCAGCUGUGCGAUGCCAUGGAAUCACAUCUACUCCGUGCGAUCACUGUCCUACGACGCGACAUAUCUCGCGAAGAGCGACGGAUUGAAGCUGAGGAGGCAGCGGCGUCAGCUGCGAAGAAAGCCCCUCCACCUGUGGAAGACGUUUUCGUGCCGUCCGCGUCGACGCCGCCCGGCUCGCCUUCCCCCAGCUUAGAGCAAUCUUUAGUCGCGUCGAAACUCGGGCUAUCUGCGACUCCUCAGUCGGCGAAGCCCAUCUCUGCGCGCAGACAAUCUACCAUCUCUCUCUCCUCACUACAGCGCCCCGUGUUUCCCCACAAGCUCGAUCUAUCUGCUGCGGCUCUCAGGAUGAAUCCGGAAGAGAUUCUCCGCAGCGGGCUAUCUUCCCCUGUUACUCUCGCGCCUAAGUCGUCGGCGCGUGCUCUUCCUCCAGACCUUCUUGUCGCUGCGCUCAGCGACGCGUCGGGCGGACAUAUUGACAUCGACCUUACUGCAGAUAUGGACAUGCAGCCCGUUGGGCAACAAUCCGAGACGGACCCUGCACUGGGGAGCUCAGCAGACAAACCAAUUGAACUGGACCUCGACAUGGACAUGGACCUGUUCACUGGCCCUGCUGAUGUCGGCACCGGCGAGAGUGGGUCCAAUCUGUUGUAUCAGCCUGGCGCUCCGGGAACAGUCGCCGGCCGUGCUCAGGCUCAAUCUGACGACAUGAAAAAGGAGGACGAGAUUGGGAUGGAUCUACUUGACGCAUUUACUUCUGCGGGUGCCUCCGGGGAUGGAGGUGAUUUAUUCGCCUCCUUAGACGGGCCUUCGGAGACCACGAACACCAGUGGCAUGGAACAGCUUGCCUCCACCCCGCGGACAGUGGGCGCAAUUGCGACCCCGUCCCCUGGAUCCAUCCUUGCGAGCUUUGGAACCUCGGGACAUGCUGAUAUUUCCUCAUCAAUGUCUUCGCUUCCUAAUGGACACGAGACCUCAUUUGAUCUCAAUAAUAUCGAUCUGUUGUCUUCCCAUCUGGACCCUGGAUUUUUCGACGAACAUGGCACAGGUCCGGACAUGAGCAUGAUGGAGAUGGCGCAUCUUUUCAGUAUGGAUACCAUUGAGACAGAGAAAACGGCCAGUUCUUCACAAGGUGCUGGUGGAAGCACAUGA